GCUGACCCUGACCCUGGUCACACCCUGAGCCCUGACCCUGGUCACACCCUGAGCCCUGAUCCUGGUCACACUCUGAGCCCUGACCCCAACCCUGAUCACACACCGAGCCCCAACGCUGGUCGCAUUCUGAGCUCCGACCCUGCUCAUAUACUGACCCUGACCCUGGUCACACACUGA